AGGAUUUUUCCUUCGCUGCUUCAUGAACCUGUACCACUGCGACUUGGUUGACGAGAACACGUUUUUAGCUUGGAGGGAAGAGCUCAACCCCACAUAUCCCGCCAAGGGAGAUGCGCUCUUUGAGGUCAAUCGAUGGCUUAUGUGGUUGGAGAAUGCUGAAGAAGAAGAUGAAGAGGAACGGAAAAUUGAAGCUGUCGCCUCUAGUCUAGAAGCAACGCUAGAUAUUAAUGUUCCGACUUCAUCACCCAUCCUCUCUGAUAGUUUGGAGUUCCAUGUCGGUCGUCUAACUGAGAAGUCUCAAACUAGACCGACUCACUCCUUGUCCACCGUCUUGACAACUUCCACUGACCAUUACCAAUCAGCUCAAAGUGAGUAGUCGCGCAGUCUGGAAGCAUCGGGUCACGCGUUCCUGAACGCAUCGCAUCCUGGAAGUCGAUUGCUCUACGAGACUGUUCGAACCAACAACUGGGCCAACCCGAACGUUGUCGUCACUAUUUAAUCCACUGUUUUAGUUGUACAUCCCUGCUAUCGAUUUCUCUCUAACGCAAGCUCUUCUCUGUGUCAUCCACUAUGGCGCUUAUCUAUCUAUUCCGCCCACAUCUUACCUCAUUUUGUAUUCUCCUGGAUCUCAUGAUGUUUGAGCUUAUCGCUGCUGCACAUCAGCACAUCUCCUGUUAUCUAGCUCGAAACAAUACCGUUGUUCGUAUUCUC